GAAAACGUGCUCUGUACUGCUGUCAAGUGGCUGAUCCUGAACACACAACAGCCAGGUGGCAUCUUCAAUGAGUUUGCUCCUGUCAUUCAAGCAGAGAUGACGGGUAACGUGAGGGGAUCAGACAAUGACGCCUCCAUGACAGCUUUUGUUCUCAUCGCCAUGCAGGAAGCAAGCUCAAUGUGUGAGCGGUCUGUCAACAGCCUACCAGGCAGUAUGGCUAAGGCAGUAGCGUACCUCGAGAAGCGUCUGCCCCACCUGACUAACCCUUAUGCUGUAGCUAUGAUCUCCUAUGCUCUGGCCAAUGCUGCAAAACUCAACAAGGAGACCCUUCUGAAGUUCGCCUCUCCACAACUGGACCACUGGCCGGUCCCUGGUGGUCACCAGUACACGCUGGAGGCCACGUCGUACGCCCUGCUUGCCCUGGUCAAGGUGAAGGCCUUCGAAGAGGCCGGCCCCAUAGUCAGGUGGCUCAACAAGCAGAAGAAGGUGGGAGGGGGAUACGGAUCCACACAGUCCACCAUCAUGGUGUUCCAGGCUGUGGCUGAGUAUUGGAGCCACGUGAAGGACCUGAAAGACUUUGACUUGAACAUCAACCUAGAGGUGGCCGGCAGGGCAUCAGUCACCAAGUGGUUCAUCAACAACAAGAACCAGUUCCUCACUCGUACAGACAAGGUCAACUCCAUAGACAAGGACUUGACUGUAAAAGCCUCAGGAAGUGGUGAGGCGACCUUGUCGGUGGUGACACUGUACUAUGCCCUGCCAGAGGAAAAGGACAGUGACUGUGAAAGCUUUGACCUCUCUGUCACCCUCACAAAGAUGGACAAAACAAGCCACGAGGACGCCAAGGAGUCAUUUAUGCUCACUAUUGAUAUGUUGUAUCGUAAUUCAGAGAGAGAUGCAACCAUGUCUAUUCUGGACAUCGGCUUGCUGACCGGCUUCAUUGUGGACACAGACGAUCUGAAAAUGUUGUCCAUGGGGAGGGAGCGCUACAUAGAGAAGUUUGAGAUGAACAAAGUCCUGUCUGAAAAAGGAUCUCUCAUCCUUUAUCUGGACAAGGUGUCUCAUAAGUUACAAGACAGAAUAUCCUUUAAGAUCCACAGAGUGCAGGAAGUGGGAGUUCUACAGCCAGCUGCCGUCUCUGUAUAUGAAUACUACAACAAGAAGAACUGUGUGAAGUUCUACCACCCACAGAGGGAGGGUGGUACUCUGAGCAGACUGUCUCUUGGAGAUGUGUGCACGUGUGCGGAAGAGAGCUGCAGUAUGCAGAAGAAAGAUGAGCCAGAUGUCAACCGCAGCACUGCAGUGGUGUCCUAGGAGAACAGACAUGGAUAGAGUACUGGCCCUCACAAGAAGAGUGCACAUCCAGAAACUACAGAGAAGUCUGUCUGGGCAUUGAUGAGUUCAUCAACCAGAUCACAACCUUCGGCUGCCCUGUUUAGUUUCUCUUCUUGCUUUGUUAAAUGUACAUUUUUGUAACAUUGCAAUCCAGGUUGCAUGCCCUGUCAUAACUCAUUGUAACCUAUAGAGUGAAUAGAGAGAGAUGAGUUCGCCCACUUGGAAUAUAUUCUGUUAGAAACUGCAGUAAAUUAUGUACACCGUGCAUUUAAAAAAAGUUAACAUAUGAUGAUGACGACUGCAAAUGGCACAUUUUUACAUUUAAGUUUACCAUUUGCAGUUGUUAUUGUCAUUGAUUACAAUGACAUAGUCACAUUUCUAUGGCUUUAUUUUUGCACUAAAAUGACCCUGCCUGCUGUAAUAUGCAUGAAAUAAAUGUAUUAAAAAAA